AUGGGAGGAACUGAGGAAAAAGAUAAACAUAGGGAUGAAGUUGAGAAGAAAGAUAAGAAGGAAAAGAAAGAGAAAACCGUUGAUGCAAGUGGAAAAGAAGAAGAAAAAUCUAAGGAGAAAAAGAACAAGAAAGACAAGGAUGGAAAAGAGAAGGAAGAAAAUGAACAAAGUGGAAAAGAAAAGAAGAAGAAAGACAAGGAAGGAAAAGAAGAAGGUGGAAAAGAAAAGAAGAAGAAGAACCCUGAAGAUAAGAAAGAUCCUGUAAUGCUUAAGCAAAAGCUUGAAAACUUAGACUCCAAGAUACAGGUUAUGGUGGCUAAGAGAGAAGAGAUUUUGAAGCUACUUAAAGAAGCUGAAACAAAUCCAACUGAACCUCCUGCAGCUUCGUCUUAG